AUGCCAUCUCCUUCCCGGCCCCCGCACCAUACCCACGACUCCACAUCUUCCCAAACCGCAAUCCUCGACAUGGACGACUCGGACGUCCUCGACUCUCAAUCCGUCAAGGGCGGCAUCAUGAGCUCCGGCUCUCUCAGGGACAGCGCAGAUGCCCUUCGAGCUAUUCAGGGAGCCGACGGCGAAGAGGCGGUCAAGGAGAAGCGCCCGUGGUAUCACCCCUUCGCCGUACUCGACUUUCUAAUCGGGAACUGGUUUCUGAUAGGUAUCGGGGUGUCUAUCGUACUAGCUUGGAGGUUCCCGCAUGUUGCUGCUUCGGGAGGAUAUAUUCGAUCCGAAUAUUCCAUCCACUACGGCGCCAUCUCCCUCAUAUUCCUCAUCACCGGCCUCACCCUCUCCACCUCCGCCCUCUUCCACCACCUCGCCAACUGGCGUCUCCACCUCUUCACCCAAAUCUUCUGCUUCCUCUUCUUCUCCGCCAUCGUAUUUGUCAUCGUCAAUUGCGUGAGAGCGUCCGGCAAUGAGAGUAUCGACAAGUAUGUAUUAGCGGGAAUGGUCAUCAUGAGUGUGAUGCCGACGACGGUGGCGAGCAAUAUCACUAUGACGAGGAGUGCUGGAGGAAGUACGGAGGCGGCGACGAUGGAAGUCUGUGUCGGAAACCUUCUCGGUACAUUCAUCACGCCUCUACUAUGCGAAAUGUUCUUCUCAAGUUCAGCAUGGUCUUACGGGCAGCCAAUUGCGAAGGGCGGGUACGAAGGUUCGGCGGGAUUGAAAGAGAUCUAUCGCCAUCUCGCAAAACAGCUCGGCCUCACCCUCUUCAUCCCCCUACUCGUCGGCCAGAUCAUCCUCCACUUUUUCCCCCGCCAAGUCAAAUGGCUCGCCACAACCUUCCGCCUCCCCAAAGUCUCCACCUUUCUUCUCCUCCUCCUCAUCUGGACCACCUUCUCCACCCAAUUCGAAGAAGGCGCUUUCCAAUCCAUCUCCACGGCCUCCAUCAUCUUUCUCGUCUUUGUAAACCUCGCGCUCUACUUUCUCUUCACUGGCAUCUGCGUCUUUUGCACCCGUCUGCCCUUCUUGCCCGAAUCGUUCAAUCUCGGGAUCAAGCCUCAUCCUGCUCUGGAAGAAGGCGGAGAAGGAGAAGGAGAAGGGGGAGAGAGGGUGUAUGACGAGACCAAGAAGCCUUACUGGAGGAGGUUUGUCAGUGGGAUGCGGUUUGACAAGCAAGAAGCUACCGCCAUCUGUUUCUGUGCCGCCGCAAAGGGGAUGGUCGUCGGGGCGCCGACGUUGACUAUCUUGUACGGCGGUCAACAAGUCGCCGUCGCCCAGAUCCUCGUCUACUUUUUCAAGAAAUGGAAUGAAAAGCCCGACCGACUCGCCGGCAUCCGGAACAAAGCUGAAAAGACCCCUCUUGUUGAAUCCAACGGCGGGGAAAGGGAGAGACGAGGAGACGGUGCGGCGGUGGGAGAGGCGAGGGGGAGGGGUUCAUCGGAAGGGCUGGCGAUGGAGACGCCUCCUGCGGGGUAUGGGAGUGUGUAA